UUACGAAGCGCCGCCUCUCACUGUGCUCGUUGCCUUGUGGGAAACGGAGAAUCGAGCUGCGUGAGGCGAGAGAACGAGGCGGGCAACAUGGACGCGGGCUUCUUCCGCGGUACAAGUGCAGAGCAAGAUAAUCGAUUCAGCAACAAACAGAAAAAGCUCCUGAAGCAACUCAAAUUUGCAGAAUGUCUGGAAAAGAAGGUUGAAAUGAGCAAAGUAAACCUUGAGGUCAUCAAGCCCUGGAUAACAAAAAGGGUUACGGAAAUACUAGGAUUUGAAGAUGAUGUGGUCAUUGACUUUAUUUUCAAUCAGCUGGAAGUCAAGAACCCAGACUCCAAAAUGAUGCAGAUUAAUCUGACUGGCUUUCUUAAUGGUAAAAACGCUAGAGAAUUCAUGGGAGAGCUAUGGCCUUUACUGCUGAGUGCCCAAGAAAAUAUUGCAGGGAUCCCAGCAGCAUUCUUGGAGUUAAAGAAAGAAGAAAUAAAGCAAAGACAGAUUGAACAAGAGAAGUUGGCAUCUUUAAAAAAGCAAGAUGACGAUAAGGAUAAAAGGGACAAAGAUGACAGAGACAAAAAAGAUCGCUCCAGAAGUCCACGGAGACGCAAAUCAAGGUCUUCCUCUCCACGAAGAAGGUCUCCAGCCCGUAGAGAGAGAAAGAGAAGCCCCUCUCGUUCACCCCGGCAUAGGACAAAAAGUCGUAGUCCUUCUCCUGUUACUGAGAAGAGAGAACCAGAACUGCCAGAACCUGAGUCAUCCAUUAAAGUGAAGGAGCCUUCUGUUCAGGAGGCAACUUCGACUAGUGACAUCCUGAAAGCUAACAAAGCAGACCCUAUUCCAGACACAAAGGAGACAUCUCCCGAACCAAAUAUUCGUAAGGUUAAAGAACGGGAGCGCCAUCGCCACAAGUCUCGUUCACGGUCAAAAUCAAAAUCGCGUUCCCCAUCUCAUUCCAGACCUAGGAGGCGUCAUAGGUCGCGAUCACGAUCCUACAGCCCCAGAAGACGGCCAAGCCCUAGACAUAGACCAUCACCGAGGAGGAGAAGCCCACCACGUCGCAUGCCACCUCCACCAAGGCACAAGAGAAGCAGAAGUCCAGUGAGGAGGAGAAGGCGUUCUUCUGCAUCUCUGUCUGGUAGCAGCUCUUCAUCAUCUUCUUCCCGAUCACCACCUCCACCUAAAAAGCAAGUGAAAAGAAUAUCUUCUAGUCCACCCCGCAAGCCUCGCCGCUCUUCACCAUCUGCAAGCCCACCACGUAGGAGAUACAGGCAGUCACCGCCUCCAAGCCCGCCACCAAAAAGACGAUCACCAUCACCGCAACAGUCGUUUAGAGCCAGAAAAAGGAGUUCAUUGUCUCCUCCUAGAGCUUCAGCAACAAAACAUAAAACUGUGGACAAAAAGAAGACUCCUUCACCACCUCCAAAGCAACGCAAAAGGGAUUUGUCAGAAUCUGAUGAUGAUGAUAAAGGGGGGAGAUUGGGCCCUGCAGACUCCGUGCAGCAGCGGCGUCAGUACAGGAGACAGAACCAGCAAUCUUCUUCAGAUUCUGGCUCUUCAUCCUCGUCGGAAGAUGAAAGGCCAAAAAGGGCAUCAGUGAAAAAUGGAGAAGUUGGUAGGCGGCGGAGACAUUCAGCAUCACGAAGCCUUUCACCACGUAGGAGGCCGAAGGAUCCAUCUCCCCGUCGUAGGCGAAGGAGUCCAUCUCCACCUCAAACUAGAAGGCGUCGAAGUCCAUCUCCAGGACCACCUCCAAGGAGGCGUCGUUCACCAUCUCCUCAGAGACGGAGGUCUCCUUCUCCUCGUAGGCAUUCUCCUUCCCAGAGGCGCUACUCUCCUCCAAUCCAAAGAAGAUACUCCCCUUCCCCUCCACCCAAGAGGAGACCCUCCUCUCCCCUUCCACAGCCACCUCCAAAACGCAGAAGUUCUCAAUCCCCGCCACCAUCGAAGCACAGAUUAUCGCACUCGCCACCUCCCAAACAGAAAGGAUCUCCCCAAGGGAAGAGGCAUUCCCCGUCAACUUCUAAACACCGAAAAGGCUCUCCCCCGAUCAGGCAGGUCAGAGAAGCUCGCUCACCACCGCCACAAGCCAAACGACUCUCUCCCUCACCACGUCCUAGGGUUGCUCGGUGCUCUGAGAGUCCACCAGUACAAAGAAGGGGGCCAUCAACAUCUCCAGUCAGGAGACAGGAAUCGUCUUCUCCAUCUACCAGGCCAAUCAGAAGGGUGUCCAGGACUCCAGAACUGAAGAAAAAUAAAAACACAUCUCCAAGUCCGCCACCUCCAAGAAGAGUCUCUUCCUCUAGGUCUGUAUCUGGAUCCCCUGAGCCACCUCCUAAGAAGUCGACACCUCCGUCACCAACAAGAUCACGCUCUCGUUCAGGAAACUGGUCUCCUGCUCCUCCACCUGCAAAGAAGGCAAAGAGCACAACACCUAGCCCAUCUCCCGCUCAGACUUCAGAUCAAGAAGGUGGGGGUAAGAAGAAGAAGAAGAAGAAGGAUAAGAAACAUAAGAAGGACAAGAAGCAUAAGAAGCACAAAAAACAUAAGAAGGAAAAGGCUGCAGUAGCUGCUUCUCCUGAGACAGGUGAACAGGAUGUGGACACUGAUGUAAAGAAGUGUAAUAAAAAUUCUGCUGAUGCCGGGCGUGUACCAUCCUAAACAAAACCCUAUACAUUUCCCCCCCACCAGGAGACUGAAAGCGAUGGAGAAGACAAUCUAGAUGAUUUGGAGAAGCAUUUACGAGAGAAGGCACUGCGGUCCAUGAGGAAAGCGCAGGUUUCCCCUCAAUCCUAGUUCCGCCAUUUUUUGUUUGCUAAAUGUAAAUUUCAUUUUGUUUUGUAUUUACUCCCACCUGUUUUUCUUCAGAAGGCUAUUAAUGCAUUUGAGCAAUUUCAGAUACCAGUUGUAAUUAGGUUGAGAUUGCCAUGUAAGUCAGAACAAAGUGGUGUUUGUACUAAAUUUCAUAUGUAGUGGUUGGGAUGUUUGUAAUGCUGGAGGCAGGAGCAGGUUUUUUUUUGUUCUUUGGGGUUUUUUUUUUAUAUAUCUGGGUAUUCAUUGUUUUGAAGAGAGAUCUCCUCCUCCCCACAUAUUAUGGCUAAACUCAACCCAAAUGUGUGCCCAUGCCACGGAUUUCCUAUGUUUCAUAAAUUGUACAGACAUGGUUUUAUUUUAAUUGUUUUGAGGAGUAUAUGAAGUGAUCCAUUACUGACAGCUGGAGCACAUUUCCGAUUAGUCCAUUAAGAGAUGUCAGUAGAGUUGAAACGUUAACAGCCUUAUUUUAAUGUUGGAAUGGAUAUAUCCCAGUUUAUAAGGUCACAAAACCAGUUUACCUCUUGCUCUAUUAGUGACAUAACUGUUCUGUCCCAUAUUGUAACAGGCUGACACUUCUUUUACAGAGCAAUCUUGGAACACUGGAUUUUAAGUGUGUUGUUUUUGUUAAGGGGUGGGGAGUCAUGUUCACUCAAACCAUUGUACUCUGUCAGCCAGGUUUACCUUUCCCCAAAACCUGUCAAACUGUUAUGAGGAAUAACCUGGACUUUGGAUAGUGUAACAUCCUUUUUUGUUAUGUUUUUUUUCUUUUAAAAAAAAAAUGAGCUGUCUAAAGCGUGUGGAUUAAACAAAGGUAAAUUUCUACAUUAAAA